AUGGCCGUCGCCUCGUCAUCCAAGCACGCACCCGCACCUGGGCCAGGCAAGCGCCGCAAGACAUUCCCCGAGGACUCUGGCGUGUCGCACCUUCUCGCGCUCUCCCAAUCCAUCACAGAAGCCAAGGACUCCCAGCUCCAGCAGCGAGUCGACAGCAACAAGGCCAAGGUGCAAGCCCAAGCGGCGAGAAAGCAGCAGCAGGCGGAAAGCAAGAAGGCGAAAAGCACGGCGGCAGAGGCAACCAAACCAAAAGGAAAGACCAAGGCCGAGAUCAAGGCUGAGCUGAAGAAGGCGCUGCGGGAGAAGGCGAGGUUGCGCAAGGGGAGGAGGAAGGAUGCGAGGAAAGAGGAGACGGGAGAGAAGGGCGAGGUCAAGGUCAAGGAGGUGAAGAAGCCGAGGAAAAGCGUCUCUUUUGCCCUAGCAUAG